AUGAAUAACCAAGAAGUUACCUAUGCAGAACUCAGUCAGGUUAAGGGUUCAAGAAGACAGCAAGUGAAAGCUAAGAGUACUAAAAGUCCCAUUUCAGGAACUGAGCAAGAAAUAACCUACGUAGAAUUAAAUCUUCAAGAUGUUUCUCGGGAUCUUCAAGGGAGUGUCAAGAACUGCCAGUGGAAAGGGAAGCUCAUUGCUGACAUUCUGGGAAUCAUCUGCCUUGUCUUGAUGUUCACUGUGGUCACAAUAGCUGUUAUUCAUUUUACUACAGGACCAGUGCAGAACAAGGCGUCUGUGGAAAUAACGACCCAGAAAGCUUAUCAAUGUGGUCACUGUCCAAAAGAGUGGAUUACAUAUUCCAAAACUUGCUACUACAUUAGCACUGAAAGAAAAUCAUGGAAUGAGAGUCAGUUGUCCUGUGCUAAGAACUCUACCCUGCUCUCCAUAGAGGAUAAAGAGGAAAUGGAUGACAAUUUUUAUCUUUCGAUUGGAAUAUUUACUGAAUUAACAUGA